AUGGCGACAAUCCGCCUUAGACUCUAUCUCGUGCGUUCCUGCGCUUUGUUGAAGACAGACGGGCUGACUGGCAUCCCGCUACUACGGGAAUCCCCUUUCCUCCGUCUUAGCGGUACUCAUGCAUAUCCACAUCCAGCUUCGAUUCCUAGUGGAACCUCAUUCCGAGGCUGUUCUUUAUCACGGCUUCUUAAACGCAUGAGGCACUUCAUGCCCAAGUCUGCCAUGGCAAAACGAGAAUCUCCCAAGAGACUAGAGGUCUCGCAGAGCCAUACUCUACACCAGAACGCAAAGACAUACAUAAAAACCCCCUUUUCUCAGGCCUGA